ACUUCAGGGGAAGCUGAUGCUCCACGAGAGCCAGUGACACACUCGAAGUCGGACAUGCUCGCACUCCAACUUCCCUGAGCAGUGCGCAGUGUGUGAGAGAAAGCCGCUGGAGUGCCUUCUCAGGGGGGGAAACCUGAGCAUUCACACCUAGCUUUUCUGUCUUUUCACUCUGCUCCCGGAUGAUGGAAUUUUAACCAUGAGGAAGACAGACAUUCAUUGUAAGGAGAGCGCUUACACUGCCGAACAGAGGAGUCUGACUGGUUUCAGAUAGCUGCCUGGCUCUCCCGGAUUUUGCUAAUGCCAUUCCCUCUUCGCUCCACCUAAAAAGGAUGGAAACCCUGGAGUCGGAGCUGACGUGCCCGAUCUGCCUGGAGCUGUUUGAGGACCCCCUGCUGUUACCCUGUGCCCACAGUCUGUGCUUUAAUUGUGCUCGCCGCAUUCUGGUCUCUCACUGCACCUCAGGUGAGCCAGCUGACGCCAUCUGCGCCUUCCAGUGCCCUACGUGCCGCUAUGCCAUUUCACUGAACCCACAGCACGGCCUGGACGCACUCAAGCGCAACGUCACCCUCCAGAACAUCAUCGACCGUGUCCAAAGGGCUUCGACUUCUGCCACACUUCUUCUGUCCUCCAGCGGGCACAGUUCACCAGGCGACAGCCCCCUAGGUGCCAUGACGACUGCCACUGCACCCUCGUCACCCACUGAGCUGGUGCAGUGCCAGUUUUGUGAGCAGGAACCACCGCAGUGUGCUGUGAAGACCUGCGUAACGUGUGAGGUGUCUUACUGUGAGGAAUGCCUGCGUGCCACCCACCCCAACAAGAAACCUUUCACUGGACAUCGCCUCAUUGAACCUUUGCCUGAUUCACAUCUCAGAGGCCUGCAGUGCCUAGAACAUGAGGAGGAGAAAGUGAACAUGUACUGUGUCACGGAUGAGCAGCUCAUCUGCUCCCUUUGCAAGCUGGUGGGACGUCAUCGUGACCACCAGGUGGCAGCGCUAAAUGAGCGCUACGAGAAACUAAAGCAAACAUUGGACUCCAACCUCAGCAAUUUGAUCAAGAGGAGCAGUGAGUUGGAAUCACUAAUGGGGAAGCUGAUUCAGACAUGUCAGCAUGUUGAGGUGAACGCAUCACGACAGGAAGGAAAGCUGAUGGAAGAAUGUGACAUCUUGAUCAGCAUAAUUCAGGAGAGGAGACAGAUUAUUGGAGCCAAAAUCAAAGAGGGGAAGACGGUUCGACUGCGUAAACUGGCACAACAAAUCGGCAACUGCAAGCAGUGCAUAGAGCGAUCAUCUGCUCUCAUAACUCAAGCGGACCAGACGCUGAAAGAAACCGACCAUGCUCGCUUCCUCCAGACGGCCAAGAGCAUCUCCGAGCGAGUCUCCAUGGCGACAGCGUCUUCUCAGGUCCUGAUACCUGAGAUUAAUUUGACGGACACGUUUGACACCUUCGCGCUGGAUUUUACCAGAGAGAAGAAGAUGCUAGAAAUUCUUGAUUACCUCACAGCACCCAGUCCUCCAGGAAUCCGAGAGGAGCUGUGCACGGCCUCCUAUGACACUAUAACAGUGCACUGGACAUCUGAUGAUGAAUUCUCUGUCGUUUCUUAUGAGCUUCAGUAUACAAUCUUCACUGGACAGUCCAAUAUUGUCAGUCUCUGUAACUCUGCUGACAGCUGGAUGAUUGUUCCCAAUAUCAAGCAGAACCAUUACACCGUACACGGCCUGCAGAGCGGCACCAAGUACAUCUUCAUUGUCAAGGCCAUUAAUCAGGCAGGAAGUCGCAGCAGUGAGCCUGGAACACUCAAAACCAACAGUCAGCCGUUUAAGCUUGACCCAAAAUCUGCACACAGAAAGCUCAAAGUGUCUCACGACAACCUGACGGUGGAGCGCGACGAGAUAUCCUCCAAGAAGAGCCACGGCCAGGAGCGCUUCAGCAGCCAGAGCAGCUAUGGUGUCAUAGGAAACGUGUACAUCGACAGUGGACGUCAUUACUGGGAGGCUCUAAUUGGAGGGAGCACUUGGUAUGCGGUGGGCAUCGCCUAUAAGUCAGCACCCAAGCAUGAGUGGAUUGGGAAGAACCCUUUUUCAUGGGUGUUGUGUCGUUGCAACAAUUCCUGGGUGGUUCGCCACAACAGCAAGGAGAUGGCCAUUGACCCUUCACCACACCUGAGGCGAGUCGGCGUGCUCCUGGACUACGAUGUCGGCUCUCUGGCUUUCUACGACGCCGUGAGCUCUCAGCACCUCCACACCUUCCAUAUCACCUUCACCCAACCUGUUUGCCCUGUAUUUAAUGUCUGGAACAAAUGUCUUACAGUCCUAACAGGUCUGCCAAUCCCAGACCAUCUGGAGGGUGUAGAGGCUUUCGACUGAGGCUCAUGGGCCUUGGACUUUGGGCUGCUUAGGUUUGCUUUCAGCUCAGGCCAGGACCUUGUAGCCCGACACUAUAUUUUCAAUUCCUUCAUUUUUUUUUAAAGCAUGCACAGAAAGUUUCGACGGAAAUUCCACCUUUAUAUGGAAAAAUAAAGGACUGAUAACCCCCUGAAUUCAAAGUGACAAAAUAUUUUUUAGAGUUGGUCUUAGUGUAUAAUAAGCGGUGAAAUUUUUAGAAAUCAAUACCACAAUUAUUUGAUAUCAGGUAUUUUGGAGGAAUUUUGCACAUGUCUAUAUGUUAUGUCUAUAUUUAUGAAAAGGGGGAGGAUCACAUUAUAGUCUUAUAAUUUGGUGAAAUUGUGUGAUUAGGUCUCUUAGUGCAAUCUUACUUCAUAUGCAGAUAUAAAAUGGACCAUUUUUACUUUACACAACGGACAUUUCAGCAAUGCAGCAAGACUGAUUACAUUUAUACAUGAAAAAAAACUUUUUCCGUCUCAGAUCAAAUGAAUGCUCGCUUGUCUUUUGUCAAGCUGUGACUGCUGUGGUAUACUAUUUUUUUUUUUUUUUACAUAUGCAUCUGUUAUAUGUUUCUGAACACUCUAGCAGUAACUCAAUACACAAAUGUAUUUUAGAUACACAAGCUAUGUUCACAAAAAAAGUUAGACAAUUUCUAUUGUGCAUUGCAUUGUGGAAGGUUGCCUGUCAUUUGUUUUUGUCAGUCUUUUUUAAUGCAUCAUUAGCAACAGUGGCACUAAGUUCAUUUACUGACCUAACAUAGCUCAUUAAAUCAAUAUUAAAUCCAAACUGUAUCUUCCUGCUCAGAUUCCGCAGUGGUGUAGAUUAUUACAUGGAUGAAAUCACUUGCCUGUUCUCGUAAAUUAUUAAUGUACCUAUUAGUUUUGUGUAAAAUUGUGAAAGAGCAGAAAAUUCCCAGUCUAUUUUGAGGUUUAAACCUGUAUGUACAUAUUAUAAUAUGGCAGUUUAUAACUUUAACUCUCUGUCAUGUAUAUAUAUUGUCUGUGUCUAGUUGCAGAAGGGUGAAAGGUUUGCAAAGAGUUGCUUUCGCAGCAUUUUUUUACAGCAUGUUUUAGCCACUUGUUGGUAUCAUGUUUUCAGUUUCAAUUCACAAAAGCAAACCAAGGAUUUGUUAAAGAGGAUUAAUCUAACUACUGAUUCAUAGUCAAGCUGCCAUUAUCCACAGAAAAUCCUUUUAGGCUCGAAAAAGGGAAGCACUUUCAGAAAAAUGCAAUAUCAUCAUGGAAUUGAAAACGCUAUGUGCUAGAUAAUCGCACCAUGAGACAUGACCGGAUAUGGCCAAAAAUAUGUGUAUAUACUUACUCAUAUACUCACAUUCCAUCUGAAAAUAACAGUCAGUACUGUAAUUCAUCAUGCAAACCACCUACUAAAUGCAUGCUGUGUGAAGCACAAUCAGCAGUUUAAAUGCUGGUGGAAAUGGUCAACUAUAGCUGUCAACUAUAGCUGUCUAAAAA